UGCGAACGCAACCUAAGCUCACGUUUUUUUUUGUUGUUUAACUAGUGUGUACGAAGUGGUUUGGCGCAAAUCUAUAUACGCGCUAAAAUAGUUAAUGUGCUACGCAUAUUGCAUUAGCUAAAUCAAGUGCGUGCUUUGGGGUCGACCAGACAGCCGCUGGGUCAGUUGAGGAUUAGCAACAGCUACAGCGGCGCCAUGGUAAAGAAGCGUCAGACGGACGCACAUGAGGGCGACAGCUCAACAGAUUCUGGCGAGGAGGAGCUCAUGAAUGGACAUGGCACGGCAAAUGGAGCUGCUGUAUGUCAGCACAUCAAAAAAGCUGUGGACACGUCACGAUUGCGUCGUCAUCUGAAGUCGACGGGUUUGCUGUAUGAGUGUGUGCAGUGCCAGAAAUUGAAUGCAUCCAACGAUGCAGCUGGCGGAGGUUCAACUGACUGUGAAUAUGAUAAUGCACUCUGGCUGUGCCUCAAGUGUGGCACACAGCUCUGUGGACGCGAACGCAAAAAACAUGCCUUGCAACAUCAUCAGACGCCACACUCGGACUCACAUGCCCUGGUCUUGAAUACACGAUCCUUUAAAAUCUGGUGCUACGAUUGCGCCAGUGAGGUGAGCUCCAAUUCACGGAAGAAUCUGCUCGAGUGUGUGGAGCUGGUUAAGCGGCUGGCACAGAAGCCGCCAGCGGAAUCGCAACCGCCAACGAUUAAUAACAUUGAGUACAAAAUCAAGUCGACGGUGGAACAGCUUAGCCAACUGACACAGCAAACAACUGCCAAUGGUGGAAAUGCGGCAAUACCGUUGCCACCGCCACCGCCUGCACCAACAGCGGCCGCUGUGCCGGGCAUGGCCAAGCGGGUGAUGGACAACAGAAGAGUUGUUAAUCUAACGAGGACAGUGUCCGAAACUCCUAUAACUCCAUCCAGCAACGAACUGGAGCGUUUACCGCGCGUCCGUGGCCUUACCAAUUUGGGUAAUACAUGUUUCUUCAAUGCCGUCAUGCAGUGUCUGGCCCAGACACCGUUUCUACUUGACGUUCUCAAGGAACUUGGCGAACCAGGCGAACAGUUUGUGUUGCCUGGCGGCACCUUUAGCUUUAAGGAUACGGGCGACAUUGAGCUGCCCGUGAUUAAGGGCUCACUCUCCUCGUGGGGCAAUCUCACCUCGGCACUGGCCAAUGCGCUGGAGGAAUUGCAAAGUGGCGGAGGAGUCUUUAAGCCCAGCAAACUUUUUGACAAGCUGUGCACCAAGUGUCCACAGUUUACGGGUGGCGAUCAACACGAUUCCCACGAACUGCUGCGUCAGCUGCUGGAGAGCGUACGGUCCGAGGACUUGAAGCGAUAUCAGCGUGUCAUAUUGGAAAAUCUGGGAUACAAGCAUCAGGAUAUCAACAGUGUGUCGGAGGAACUGCGUCAAAAGUGCAAAAUGUACGGCAAUCAGGCUGCCGAUCGCAUUCUACGGCCGGAGCAAGUAUUUCGUGGUUUUCUCGUGUCGACAUUAACCUGUCAGGACUGCUACAAUAUCUCGUCGAGGCAUGAAUACUUUCUGGACAUGUCGCUGCCGGUGGCAGUCGAGAAACCUCAGCCUCCACAGCGCCGCAAAGCGAGUCCUGAGAACUCGCCGUCUGCCGCCAGCAGCAACAGCAGCAAUAUCCCAACCAUUAAUGCUAAGUUCACCAAUGGCGAAAUGGAGGUGCCGUUCUCGAAGCCGGCAUUCUAUCUGCAUGCAGACGGGCAGGAUCCGUUGGGCCCCUCCAAGGCGCAGGUGAAAAAGGAUAAGGAACGCGAACGUAAGGCCAAACGUGCCGCAAAGCAUCAACGCACCAAGCAGGCUCAAAAACUCUCGCUCAAGCUGAACAUCAAUGAUGAGGCAGGCGCCAGUGCUGGAGGAGCUGGCGGCGACGGUGAUGCCGAUGUGGAGCAACAACCAGGAUCAGGCAGUGGCGAUGGACAAUUACAGUCGCCAUCUGCUGAUACCGAUCCGGAGAAGACACGAUCGGGCGAGGCGUGGGGCGAGGGACCGCGUGUGGAUUCAUGCAGUGGCACCACAUCGGAGCAUUCGGAUGCCGAUGUUGAGGACAAUCUGGUUGAGGACACAGCAGCUGGUGCUGCCGUUACCAAAUUCUAUACUGACACCAAUGGCAAUGCACAGCCGCUGGGCGAGAAACGCGACGAUACACCUGUAAAUAUGGACAAGGAUUCGCUGGAGGAAGACGAGAAUGACUCGGGCAUAGCAACCAGUCCGGCUCCCACGACUACAACAAGUACUAACAACGCCAGCACAACCAACUCGACCUCAACAACAACAACGGCAACAACAAGCGCAAUCAACAACAACAUCAACAAUAACAAUGCAGCUGACAACAAAGAGGAAGCAGAGGGCAGCACAUCCGCUGUUUUGGUCAAUGCUGGACUGAGCGAAAAGGGUGCAUCAUUAGUACGCCAAAUCUCGACGGGACAACUGCAAAUGGAGCAAAUCGAGCAAUUGAAACAGCAGGUGGGACAGAUGAAGUUGAACGAUCAACCGGCACAGGGUGUGGCAAGAUCGAAGCGUGUGCGAACCCAAAGUUGUUCCGAUUGGAGCACCACAAUUGCGCCACGGUAUCAAUGCGAGGCGAACGAAUGCUCAGUGCAGUCGUGCCUCAAUAAUUUCACGGCUGUGGAGCUGAUGACGGGACAGAACAAGGUCGGUUGUGAGAGCUGUACACGUCGCAUCAAUGGCAACGAUCCCCAGGCUAAGACGGUGAACACGAAUGCAACAAAGCAACUGUUGAUCUCAAGUCCCCCAGCUGUUCUCAUACUGCAUCUAAAGAGAUUCCAGCUGGAACCAAGAGGCAUCUUCCGCAAGCUGACGCGACCGGUUAGCUACUCCACAAUGCUAAACAUUGCCGCCUUCUGUGGUUCCAAGGUAAAGAAUUUGCCCAACAUUGAUCGCAAACAGAAGAAACUGCUCUAUGCCUUAUAUGGCGUUGUGGAGCAUUCAGGCGGACUGUAUGGUGGACACUAUACCGCCUAUGUUAAGGUGCGUCCCAAGCUGACGGCCGACGAUAAACGUUGGAAAUUUCUGCCGCAUGGCAGUAAAGCCGAACUCGAUCAGGACGAUGAGCUCGAGCAGCUGUUGGCCAAGGAAAAGGCACGCGAGAUGCGCAUGAAUGCCAUGGAUGACAGUGAUGAUUUUACCAACUCGAGCAGCAACACAUCCACCUCGGGGGAGACCUCAGCUACUGAUCUACCCAAUGGCAUUGGCGAUGACGAAGCUGCAUAUCAAGAUGCAGCUGCAACAGGAGCAACUGCCAAUGGUGUUGAACAGGAUGAGGCGGCAAAUGUUCAGGCACCGCCCGGUAAAUGGUAUUAUGUGUCUGAUUCACGUGUCCAGGAGGUCAGCGAGGAGGCGGCGCUCAAGGCGCAGGCCUAUCUGCUAUUCUACGAGCGCAUCUAUUAGACCAGCAUCUGGUCACACUGGCAGCCAUCAUCGCUUUCCAUCAAGCUCUUAAUAGAUUGCUUUAAAUUUUUUCUUAAAUCCAUUUUACACACAUUUUAGUAGGACCUUUUUUAAGUUUGUUAUUAACUCUUUUUUUUUUUAAUUUUAUAUUUGGUUUGUUAUUUUUGAAUUUGCAUUUGAACGCAACGGCGUAAUCGACAACGAAGAUGAUGGACUGAAUACUAACACAGAUCUGAGGAACGAAGACAGAAUAGAAAAAGCAAAGAAAGAGAGAUAGAUAGAUAGAUAGAGGAAGACAGAAUGAAUCAACAAACAAGCAGAAAUGCAUUUGAA